CUCAGUUUGUGGAGUCUGUUUUGGAAGUACAUAGUAAAUUUGUUCAACUUAUCAACACCGUUUUGAAUGGUGACCAGCACUUUAUGAGUGCCCUUGACAAGGCUCUAACAUCAGUAGUAAACUAUAGGGAACCCAAGUCGAUCUGCAAAGCGCCUGAGCUGCUGGCCAAGUAUUGUGACAACUUGCUGAAGAAAUCAGCCAAAGGAAUGACAGAGAAUGAAGUAGAAGAUAAACUUACAAGUUUCAUUACCGUUUUCAAAUACAUUGAUGACAAAGAUGUUUUCCAGAAGUUCUAUGCCAGAAUGUUGGCAAAACGAUUAAUUCAUGGUUUAUCUAUGUCUAUGGACUCUGAAGAAGCCAUGAUUAAUAAACUAAAGCAAGCCUGUGGUUAUGAGUUUACCAGCAAGCUCCAUCGAAUGUAUACAGACAUGAGCGUUAGCGCUGAUCUCAACAAUAAAUUCAACAACUUUAUCAAAAACCAGGAUGCCAUUAUAGAUUUGGGAAUUAGUUUUCAGAUAUAUGUUCUACAGGCUGGUGCAUGGCCUCUAACUCAGGCUUCUUCAUCAACAUUUGCAAUUCCUCAGGAACUGGAAAAAAGUGUGCAGAUGUUUGAAUUAUUUUACAGUCAACACUUCAGUGGGAGGAAGCUUACUUGGUUACAUUAUCUUUGUACAGCCAUGGUCACAACAUACCAAAUGGCAGUACUGCUUGCCUUCAACAACAGUGAAACUGUCAGUUAUAAAGAGCUUCAAGAUAGCACACAGAUGAAUGAGAAGGAACUUACAAAAACCAUCAAAUCGUUACUUGAUGUCAAAAUGAUCAGCCAUGACUUAGACAAGGAAGAUAUAGAAGCAGAGUCUACUUUUUCAUUAAAUCUGAACUUCAGCAGUAAACGAACAAAAUUUAAAAUUACCACAUCAAUGCAGAAAGACACACCACAGGAGAUGGAGCAGACCAGAAGUGCUGUAGAUGAAGACAGGAAAAUGUACCUUCAAGCUGCUAUAGUCCGUAUCAUGAAAGCACGUAAAGUGCUGCGACAUAAUGCUCUUAUUCAGGAGGUAAUUAGCCAAUCAAGAGCUAGGUUUAACCCGAGUAUCAGCAUGAUUAAGAAAUGUAUUGAAGUUCUGAUAGAUAAACAAUACAUCGAGCGAAGCCAGGCCUCAGCAGAUGAGUACAGUUAUGUAGCAUGAUGUUGCUGUCCAGCAGGUGUGGUUGUAAGAGAUGAUUGCUAUCACUAUUUGGUGUGUUCCUGUGGGAAGAAGCAGGUCUGUGCCUCCAUAACUGGUCACUUGGCAGCCCCUGUUUUUCUGCUGUUUACAACAUCACCAGUGCCACGUCAUGAGCGUCAAUGAAAAUGCCUAUAGAUAUUUCAAGCUCAUGUCAUUAUGACAUUUCUUAAAACUUUACUAAAAGAAUGAGUGAAGUAUUGCUGAAAUGUGGAAAUUUGGUUGGGUACCAUGCUUUUUUUUUUUUUCCCCCUCCUUCACGUUUGCAGUUGAUGUUUUUUAAUGUAUCUUAAAAGAAAAAGUUAAACUAAAUAUUGUAAUAUGACAGAUAUCCUAAUAAUUGUAUCUACAUUAAAAUGUAAAAUAAAAAAGAUGAACAUGA